AUGAAACAAGCUUGUGGGAAGGGCUUGUGUCUGAAGGUUAAGACUGUUUUGGUUAUAUUGAACAUGAGUUUACUGCUAGAAAUUAGUGAGAAGAUGUUAGAGAGGCUGAACUUUGGACUAUUAAAACCAAAGAAAGAAACAGAUUGGGACAAUGUAUUGCCUUUAUCUGCUUUGGAGGAGAUUUCCAAGGAAGAAGCUGUGCAGACCGUGGCCAAGCCACUUUUUCCCUUUGAGUCCUUCACACUUCGAGAUUAUGUUGAUCAUUCAGAAACUCUGACCAAAUUAGUGCAUCUGGGAGUUGAUUUGUCCAAAGUGGAAAAGCUCCGGAAUGCAGGCCAACUCCUAGUGAGGCUGGAUUUUGAAAAUGACAUUAAAAAGAUCCUAUUAUUUCUUAAGGAUGUGGGUGUGGAAGACAAUCAGCUGGGGCCCUUCCUAACAAAAAACCCUUACAUUUUCACUGAAGACACAGAAGCUCUAGAGACAAGAGUGGCUUACUUAAAAUCAAAAAAAUUUGAUAAGGAAUUAAUUGCACGAAUGGUCUCGAGAGCUCCGUUUUUGCUGAUGUUUUCUGUGGAAAGAUUAGAUAACAGAUUGGGUUUCUUCCAAAAAGAACUUGGAUUAAGUGUACAGAAAACCAGGGAUCUAGUAAGUCGUCUUCCAAGGCUACUGACUGGAAGUUUGGAGCCGGUAAAAGAAAACCUAGCGGUGUGUCGGAUUGAACUAGGUUUUCGACCUAAUGAAAUUCAACAUAUCGCCUUUAAAAUACCCAAGAUUUUAACUGCAAACAAAAAGAAAUUAACGGAAACAUUUGACUAUGUCCAUAAUGUGAUGGGCAUUCCCCAUCACAUCCUUACCAACUUCCCUCAGGUUUUCAAUUCAAGUCUCUUAAAAGUCAAAGAGAGGCACAUGUUUCUUACAUUCUUGGGAAGAGCCCAGUAUGACCCAAGACAGCCCAGCUACAUCUCUCUAGAUAAACUAGUAUCUGUGCCCAAUGAGGUGUUUUGUACAGAGAUUGCCAAAGCCUCAGUACAGGAUUUCAUGAAAUUCUUAAAAACACUUUAAUUAGUAACACAUGUAAAAAUGACUAGAAUCAUGUUGUAAAAUAAAUUUGUUUUGGAAAAAAAAAUUGCUCCCUUUUUCAGUCUCUUGGCUGUUCACUUACUGUUUUAAAAGUUAUUGCUUAUCAAAUAACUACAGUGCAUAAGAAAAAAGACUUAACUCCAGACUGAAGUGGAAACGGGCUUAAGCGCAUUCAGUAAGUUAUUGAUGUAAAUCUUGUAAUGAAAUCAUAACGUAUCUAUGAUGGAUGAAGCAGUCAACUGAGAACAUAGAAACUUAUAAAGCAGCAGUUACCAUGGUGUUAUUCAUGGACUGCACCAUACUGUUGUUCAUGGGUGCCCCGGGCACCUCCAACCUUGUCAAUUUGAAGUUUGAUGAGAAAGCAUAGUCACAUACAAGAAAUGUUGAGGACUGAUAGGCCAGAAAGGUGGGAAUCAUUUUGUAAAGCAUGAUAAAAUGGAGUCUCUUCUAUUCCUCUUUCCUCACAACAACAUAUUUCAAUAGACUGUGAGAUGAAAAACUUGAUUUGUCUGGAAAAACACAGCUGUACCUUUUGGAACAAGACUGAAAACUCAGACUGCAAGAUCUGGAGAACCAAUCAGUGAACAGACAUGACUCCCACUAAAGGGUUUUUCAACAUCUUAUAAAAUCAGCUGACCAGAUACAAAAUGCUGUUAGGUGCACAAAGUUAAUUGAAAAGAAGAGUAGCAUAUUUUCCUAAUCUUCAAUUAUAGUGAUGUUGGAUAUUAUAAUACCAAUAGGCAAAAUUCAGAUAGUCAGUUAAAUUGACUGCACUCAGUUAACUCAGAAUUAGGAACACUUCAUUAUCUGCUACAAAGACAAGUUGAAUGAAGGGUAUUAAGGCUGAAGAGUAUGAAGUCUCUUAUCCCCACUUACGUUCUAUCCCUCUUCUGUUCCAUCUCCACCACCCUCUCUUCCCCAAAAAUGUGAAAAUAAAGUUGGAAAAGCAAGCACUUCUAGUCACAUGUAAUGGAAUAACACUGAAGAAAUUUGUCAGAGGAAUGUAAAUUGUAGUGGUCUGUCUGUAGACUAUUAACGUGAUAUUUGUGAAAUUCAUCUUGAAUAAAAAUUAUUUUUAAAUGAGACAGACAGAAGGUACGGCAGAGUGCCAUCUUACAAAGACAGUGUUAAUGAAAUAGGAGGUCAUCGUAAACAUAAAUAUUUCCAUGCUGUCUUGACUGUUGGUGUGCUCUUACAUGGCCAUCAGUUGAUAACAAAUAUUUCUACCUGAUAAUGGUGAAAAGGCACUGGCCAGGAGGGAUCCCCCACCUCCCACUAGAAACACCCAUCUUCCUUCCAUCCCCUUUGGCCACAUGGCAGAAAGAAUAUGAAAUAUUUUGUUGAAUUGGACUGUCUGACAGAAGGACCUAACACAGUAUAGCCAACAAGCUUUCUGGGCUACUUAUACUCUUCUAAAUGGCUUUGUGUGGGGGGGGGUGUUGCCCCUCUUGUUAACUGUUAUAUACAAAGCAUCAGUCUUGACCAGUGUUAAUGCAGUACAACUCAGGUUAAGGGGCUUAUACUGGGCUUUAACCCUAUAAAGCAAAGAAAUUUGAAAUUAGGAUUUAUAAAUUUAGGAUGGCCAACAAAAUCUAAGAUGUUGUAUCUGAUUAACACUGAUGCUUUUUAUGGGUUCUACGCUUAAGCAAAGAGUGCAGUUUCUUGGUUUUCUGGAUUUAAAGCCCUGUCCUUUGAUAAUUUUAACUAUUGUCAUUGUGAGACUUGUUUCUAUGUUUGUUUACAUUGUGUAUAUAUGCUAGUCCAGUCAUUUUAAGUUUAAAGGUUGUCUUGUUACAUUGAUUAAAAACAUUUUAUU